AUGGCUACCAACAUCACCUUCCACGCCGCUGCCCUGACUCGCUCGGAGCGCAGCAAGCUACGCAACCAACAGGGCCUAACCAUCUGGCUCACGGGCCUGUCUGCAUCCGGCAAGUCGACCAUCGCGGUCGAGCUGGAGCACCAGCUGCUGGCGCAGCGCGGGGUGCACGCAUACCGACUGGAUGGCGACAACGUGCGUUUUGGACUGAACAAGGACUUGGGCUUUAGCGAAAAGGAUCGCAACGAGAACAUUCGCCGUAUCGCCGAGGUCGCAAAACUCUUUGCUGACAGUGCCUCGAUUGCUAUUACCUCGUUUAUUUCGCCGUACCGCGCGGACCGCGACACGGCGCGCCAGCUGCAUGAGGUGCCCACGCCCGGUGAGGAGACUGGAUUGCCCUUUGUUGAGGUCUAUGUCGAUGUCCCCGUCGAGGUUGCUGAGCAGAGAGACCCCAAGGGCUUGUACAAGAAGGCCAGGGAGGGCAUUAUCAAGGAUUUCACUGGCAUCAGCGCCCCCUACGAGGCCCCCGCCAGCCCGGAGGUUCACAUCAAGAACCACGAAGUGCCCGUCCAGGAGGCUGUCGCUCAGAUCAUCGCCUACCUGGACUCCAAGGGAUACCUGCCUGCUAAAAACUAG